UCCUCGGAAGGCCGUCCGGAUCCGAUUAGAAAGUCAUCAACGUCGCCAUUUACGUCCGUCGGCGCAGACGUUUCCGUUGUGUGCGCGUGCGCGGAGCUUUGAUGUAUCCCAUAAUGCUUCGCUGCCGUGGCGCCGUUAACACCCUCGCGUCUGAUCCGCACACGUCGGGUUCAAGACGUCAAGUCGACAAAAUGCUUUGUCUGCAAGUGCGAUGUCGCUGGGCGGCAGGUGCUGCGGGUUGUGCGUCGGAUUUCUCCCCGGGUGACAAAGUGAAGCCCCGCCCCUUCCCCUCCCCUCCCCUCCCCUCCCUCUCUGCUGCAGCCUCGUGAAAGGGGGGGAGGGGUGGAAAGAGAGCAAUCGUUCCCUCCCGCACUCCCACAUUUUCCGGCGUGCGCUCGGCAGGGACCGGUCAUGUCCGUGUCCUCCCCCCCGCAGCGGCGCAGGCAAUCCUGUUACCUCUGCGACCUGCCUCGCAUGUCCUGGGCCAUGAUCUGGGACUUCAGCGAGCCCGUGUGCCGCGGAUGCGUCAAUUACGAGGGCGCGGACCGGAUCGAGUUCGCCGUCGAUACCGCUCGCCGCCUCAGGCGGACUCACGGCCCUUGUGAGUCCAAAAGCGGGAAGGAGGCGGACGGAGCCGGGAAGCCCCAGCGGCCCCCUUCGUCGGAUCGGUACUCCCCGCCCGGUGCGGACGCCCGGGUCAGCUUGGACCAAGGUAGGCUUCCUAACGGGCUCGGGGGACAAAAUGGGUUCAAACCGGACGACGGACCCCCCCAGCUGAACCGUCAAAGCCCGAACUCCAGGAGCAGAAUUCACGGGGGUCUGACGGCGGCGCCCGACCUGCUGCCAGACGCGCCCGGCGCGCACCACGUGGCCGGGAGAACCGCGCCGCAGGGCUCCGCUCUCGGUCCGGCGUGUCUGAACGAACCGAACGGGAAACGACCGCCGUCCGCGUCCGGUACGGAUCAGGACCGGGAGAUGAAAGACGGGCAGAGGAAUGCAGAAACACUGAGUGAGCUGAGCGAAAGCCUCCGGAACCGCCAGGAGGACUGGGCCGGCAAGCCCAAGAUGGUUCGGAAUACCCUGGUCACUCUGUCGGGGUGUACCCCCUUCGAGGUCCGCUUCAAGAAGGACCACGGCCUCGUGGGCCGCGUAUUCGCCUUCGAUGCUGUGCCUAAACCCGGCGUGGACUACGAGCUGAAGAUCUUCAUCGAGUACCCGAGCGGGUCCGGUAACGUGUUCUCCAGCGCCUCGGGGGUGGCCAAGCAGAUGUACCACGACUGCAUGAAGGAUCUGGGCCGAGGUCUGUCCUCCGGGUUUAAGUACCUGGAGUACGAGAAGAAGCACGGUUCCGGUGACUGGCGGCUGCUCGGUGACUUGUUACCAGAACCUCUGCGGGUCUUCAAGGACCGCGUGGGGGGAGAGAUGCUGCCGCAGCCCCACGUCGACGGCACCCGCUCGCCGUUGCCCUCCUCCCUGCUGCCCUCUUCCCGAGCCCAGACCCCGUGCGGCCCCAGGAAAAGGAAGUCCUCCCCGGAACCGGAGAGCGGCCCGAAACCGACGGAAGAGCGGCGUCGGCAGCGGCUCGCCAACCGGGCCGACGCUCUCAAGCCGCCCGAGUCCGCGGAGUCAGAUGUCGUGGAGCGCACGCCGUCCCCCGACGAGGACGGCGGCGGCGGUCCGGCGUGCCCCGCGAGUGUCCAGAGGGGGCCCCCGUCCCUGGACCGACACCCCGCGGACGAUCGCGUGGAGAUGGAGCGGACGACCGCGGCCGCCGGCGGACCUCUGUGCUGCACGUUGUGUCGCGAGCGGCUGGAGGACACUCACUUCGUCCAGUGUCCGUCCGCCGCCCACCACAAGUUCUGUUUCCCGUGCUCCCGAGACAGCAUCCGGGCCCAGGGCGGCGGCGGCGGCGCCGAGGUCUACUGCCCCAGCGGGGACAAGUGCCCCCUGUUGGGCUCCAACGUGCCGUGGGCCUUCAUGCAGGGCGAGAUCGCCACCAUCCUGGCCAGCGACGUGAAAGUCAAGAAAGAGGGGGACCCUUGAGGAGGACGCCGCCCAUCAAACGCCCAAAGCCAAAGCGAGCAGACUUUGACGCGCGUCCCCCGACUAAAGCAAUUUAGGUCAAUUGGAGCGCAGAAAAAUGAAUACGAGAGGUUUGCGUGCAUGAAAACGAGAAUUCAAGCAAGUUCUCGAUGCGCUUUGGGUGGGGGCUCCCAAAAAAAGUGAAGGGAGAAAAUGUUGACAAUUUUCUAUAACAACAACUAAGCCCUUCGAUAUCUUUCCGAUUUUUUUUUUUUUUUUUUCAAACUAGUCAAACCUGUUG